AUGUUCAAGCUUACACCGUACCUUCUCACGAUUUUGUUUGCUUUCAGCUGCCGUGCAAACAUAAUUUUAGAGGAACCACUGGACAGUUUGUUCCAAGACGUCAACAGAGGUGAGUUUUAGAUGAAGCAAUCGGUACCGAAAGCCACUGUGGCCGGUGGCCGCCAUGCAUGUCAUCGAAGAUGCAUGGUCUUGGACUCUUAUUUUAUAUGCGAUAUUGCCUAACUUCUACAAAUCGAGCUUAAGAUUUAAAGAUGAGAAGAGAAGUCUGAAGAAAGUUUCGGAGUCCCACACCACAAGGCUUACUGCGGAAGGUUUCAAGUCAUCGACGGAUCGAUAUCUGCUACCAUGCAGAAAUUCUAACAAAUUUAUUCGCAUUUGAGAAUUACUGAACAAAACCUAGCCUGAGAAAACAGCCGACAUUUGGCGACGCCACCACUGGUUUCCCCGCCAAAUGACGUCUGAGAAACGAGCGCAGAAAUUCCAUACUGAUGACGCGUCACUACCCAUAUCUUGUUAGUGCUUCUGAUUGGUUGAAUCAAAUUUCCCAUACGGCACGUUAAGUUAACCAGAAGCUACGGAAGUUCUGCGCUCGUUUCUCAGACGUCAUUUGGCGGGGAAGCCAGUGGUAGCGUCGCCAAAUGUAGGCUGUUUUCGCAGGCUAAACAAAACCGGGUUCCAAACACGCUGCGAUUAAACGUAUUUUGGCUCCACUACACAACCGAACACACAAAACAACACUUGGAGGGAUGGGUGCGUCGGUCAGCCAGGCCCAUGAAACACUUUAUUAACUGACGUGAAAAACUCCACUAAACGGUCACUAAAUCAAAUCCCCCCUAACCACGAUCCCUCGCGCGCCACACUAGAACCCAGUUCUAAUUUACACAAAUUACAUUUUAUCGCCCCUUGUAAGGGAAUCCAUAGUCUGCUACUCAGCCGUUUUUAGUGUCGUCACGCAACGCUCCUCCCCAGUUAGUGGGGAGGAGCGUUGCGUGGCGACUCUAAAAACGGCUGUGUAGCAGACUAGGGAAUCCAGGACACUCUUAGCUUCUGGAUUCCAUGUGAGCAGAACUUGGAUUCUGGAUUCCAAUCGUUAGUGCGAUUCCGGACUCCAUGAGCUGUAUUCCCUAUUCCAAAAACCCGGGUUUUCACAUUCUAAAAGCAAAAAUUUGCCGGAUUCCGGAAUCUCUUACACGAGCGAGUUUUAUCGCUCUGAUAAACUGUGUAGCAAGCGUUUCCGUGUGGUUUCGGAACAAAGAAAGACCGAGGAACGACGAGGAACUGGAUUUUCGGUUUUGGCUGCGGUCUUUGACACUCGUUCCUCGUUAUUUGCUCCGAAAAGGCACGGAAACGUUUGCUACGCAGGCUAGCACUCUGAUGUUACAGCUAGUUCCCGAUUCUUAUAUUACUUCCCUCCUCUUUAAUACUUCCUGUUUCUUCGCAGAAGAAACUAGGGCAGCAGAUAGCAGUCGAAGACGCUCUUGUGGUGGAAUAACUUACAAUCCAUCAUUUAAAAUGUGCUGUGGCGGUACUGUACAAUUAAAGUUUGGAACCAGGCCAAGGUGUUGUGGAACCAAAGCAUAUGACACCAGUAUCCAAAUGUGCUGUGGCCGUACUUCCGUUCAAUAUAAGUUAUACCGGAUGAGUCCAAGGUGCUGUGGGACCAGGGCUUAUGACACCUCGUAUCAAAUGUGCUGUGACGGUAUUUCCGUACAAUUCAGGUUCGGAAGUACUCCAAGGUGUUGUGGGACCAAAGGCUAUGAUGCCCGUUCCAAAAAGUGCUGUAAAAAUUGGCUCGGCAAUAAGUGGGUGUGUGGCAUGGGUGAUGCUGACCAGCCUUUCAUCUCAAAAUGAAACUCAUUUGGGGUAGUGAAAAGUGACUCUAGAAGAAUAAGCCAUUUGCACUAAAAAUCGGUGGUAAUAUUUGAUUUCAAUAUCAUGAUUUUGUUCAGAGUAAGCCUUAAUGAAGAUUAAAACAAAUGUAAUCAUUUGCUCUUAAGU